AUGCCGAAGGCGAAGGUACGAGAUACCAUAGGUAACAUUCAUAAUCAACUCGGACACGCGGGUCAACGCAAAACAGAAGCAGCCGUUCGCAGACGCUUUUGGUGGCCGACUAUCCAUCAGGACGUGGUGUCCUACUGCACUGCGUGCCAAGUUUGCGCUCAGAUAAAGUCGCCGAUUCCCGCACCACGAGCCCUGCUGCAUCCUAUUGCUGUAGACGGACCUAAUCACCGGAUUGGUGUAGAUAUAAUUGGACCGCUACCGACCACUCGUCGUGGUGACCGUUUCAUACUGGUGAUGGUUGACUAUUUCACCAAGUGGUGUGAGGCCGUACCAUUACAAACUCAAGACGCAAAGUCAGUUGCAGCAGCCAUCCUCAACGAUUGGAUUAGCCGUUACGGGGCGCCCACGAUAAUCCAUUCCGAUCGAGGCACGGCGUUUGAGAACCAUCUCCUGGCCGAACUAUGCUCGUUACUGCAGAUCAAGAAAACACGGACUACUCCUUAUCAUCCCGAAGGAAAUGGACUGGUCGAACGCACGAACAGGACGAUCAAGCGAAUUUUAUCUGCAUUCGUUGAUCGCGAGUCAUCUGAUGCCUGGGACGAACACUUACCGCAGUGCCUGUUAGCGUAUCGGACCGCCGUCCACGACUCAACCGGAUUUUCUCCCGCGUUGCUCCAGCUCGGCCAUGAGCUUCAAUUACUGGCAGAUAUUCACUCACCACUUAUACCCGCCGAGUCCCUUAGUAUGGGGGAAUACACGCGAGCUCUCAAAGAAAGACUUGUCACGGUAUACAGGCUGGCUGCUGGCAACAUCCAAAUGGCCCAACAGCAUCAGAAAACUUGCUACGACCGACACCGAGCUGGACCAGAAUAUCAUGUUGGCGAUUCCGUGUUACUGUUCAGACCGCGACCGCCCCUCGGGGCUGCUGCAAAGUUUCACCGGCCGUGGCAAGGCCCGUAUAUUAUCGUUUACCAACCCUUCCCCGACACGUUUGUUCUUCGCGACCCACAGAGAACUUUCGCUGAUGUUCUCACCGUCCACUACAAUCAGAUCAAGCCAGCGCCCGAUUGCGGACCACCUCCCGAUUCCCCUCUCUCACUUGUCCCCUCCGGUUCCCUUCCCCCGGUAGCGCAGACGGUUGAAAUAUCUGCAUCGAACUCUCAGGGAUAG